GAAGAAUCUUGCGGUGUAUAGUACUGUAGCUGAUCUUAUAAAGAAGUCUUUUUGUAUUUUAAAAUUCAGUAAAAAAAUCCGAAUAAAGUGUGUAUUUCUAGAUCAAUGUGCAGAUAUUCUAGGAAGUUAAUCAGGAAGACUUAGUAGCAGAACCUGAGCCAAGUACAGAAUCCAGUACGGUAUCCAGAAAUCGUAUAUUCCAGAAAAAAAACUUGAAAUAAGUGAUUACUCAAGUGACGAUUCUGUUACUGACCCUACAUUUGUACCUGAAAGUUCUAAUGGUGUCGUAGGGCAUACACAAUUGGAAGUUAAUGACAUGCAUAAUCCUCCUGAGAUUUUCUUUCUUCUUCCGAUGAUAUUACACAAGCAGUUACAGUUACAGAAAACAGAAAGAGAAAACGGGAAAGAAAAACUAAAUACGGCUAUGCAAGUUUAUCAUCCACAUGACUGGAUGCAACUGAUUCGUACAAGCAGUAAUAAAUUUAAGGUUGUUGAAAUGCAACAGGCUGAUUUCUUUGAUUUUGCUGCUUUGCUUAAAGGUCCUCUUAUUAUGCGAAAAAAAGAUUGCGGUGGUAAUAAUUUUAAGUGGUUUGACGUUAAAUGGCUUUCUUACGGACGCGAUUUCGGUAGUAUUAAUUAUAAAACAUCCCUUCGGCAAAAUGAGCCGUUCAAAACUAUUUCUUUCAAAAGAACAACAAGACAAACAAGACAUUUUAUAUUGCAGCCAAUUACGGACCAACAGUUGGCAAUAAGUAAAGAGAAAAAGCGAGAUUUAAUUUCUUUGCUACCUUUAAUACCGGAAUACUUUCAUCACUUUUACGAAAAUCUAAAGAUUGCUGCCGAUGUUAGAGACGUAGAUCCGGACUUGGACAGAGACGAGAGUGACUUAUAAUAAAUGUUUAUUUAAUAAAUAUUGAUUUUGUAUAUUGAAGACUUAAUAAAAAUUGUUACUCAUA